AUGGCGAAGUCCCCGGAGAACUCUACCCUGGAGGAGAUUCUGGGGCAGUGUCAACGUAGUCUCCGGGAAUGUGCAAAUAGAAGCAUUCACCAGUUGAAAUGUGCCCUGAGAGAAGGUGACGUCACUGUUGGAGAAGAUAUGCUAGAUCCUUCUUUUAAUACCAGUGUAGGAAAUGAGGAUGCUGGAAAUGCCUGGUGUGGACUACAACACAGCCGCGCCGUUAAUCAACUCAAAGCUUUGUUGCGCCAACAAGCAGCUAAGGAAAGUGAGGUAUCUCUAAGAAGACAAGAAACACCCCCUUCGAGGUCAUCAGAAUGUGAGGAAACCAAUAUGCCUACUGUCCACAAUCUUGUUCCUAUCAUCAAUGACCAGUCUCAGUACAUUUAUCAUUUAGAGGCAGAAGUCAAGUUCUGGAAGGAGGAACUCUCUGGAAUGAAAAAUAGGGUACAAGUAGUUGUGCUUGAAAAUGAAAGGCUCCAACAAGAGCUGAAAUCUCGAGGACAAGAAGAAAUGAGGGAGCAAACACUUCUGGAUGCAUCUGGAAACAUGCAGAAUUCUUGGAUUACAACAGGUGAAGACUCUAGGGUGGAUGAAGCUACAAAGAGAUCAUUUUCAUGUGGCAAUGCCGAUACUAUCAAAGUUGCUUCUGCUGGUGAGGCUGAAAAAUGGAAACUAGAACUGGAGAGACUAAAACUUACUUAUGAGGAAAAGAGUGAAAUCCUGGAAUCUCAAUUGACGUUUUUGAGGAAAGACUUAGCUGAAUAUCAGAAAAACUGUGAAGAUCUUAAAGAGCGACUAAAGCAUAAAGAGUCUCUUCUUGCUGCUAAUGUUUCUAACCGUGUUGGUGGUCUUUGUUUGAAAUGUGCUCAGCAUGAAGCUGUUCUUUCCCAAACCCAUAAUAACGUUCACAUACAAACCAUUGAAAGACUGACUAAAGAAAGAGAUGACUUAAUGUCUGCACUAGUUUCCGUGAGGAACAGCUUGACAGAGGUGCAGCAAAGAGAAGCAAGUGCUUAUAAGCAGGUGAAACAAGCUGUGAAAAUGACUGAAGAAGCCAGUUUUGAAAAAACCAAGGCUUUGAUACAAUGCAAACAGUUGAAGAAUGAGCUGGAGAGGCAGACAGACCGACUUGAGAAAGAACUUGCAUCUCAGCAAGAAAAAAGAGCCUCUGAGAAAGAGAUGUUGAAAAAAGAAAUAACAAAAGAAAGAGAAGAGAUGGGCUCAAAGAUGUUGACCCUAUCUCAGAAUAUUGCCCAACUGGAGGCUGAGGUGGAAAAGGUUACAAGAGAGAAGAUUUCAGCUGUUCAUCAACUCGAGGAAACUCAAAACCAGCUUGCUUCACGGGAAAUGGAUGUCACAGAGGUGUGUGGAGAAAUGCGCUAUCAAUUGAAUAAAACCAAAAUGGAGAAGGAUGAGGCCGAAAAGGAGCACAGAGAGUACAGAACAAAAACUAAAAGGGAUCUUGAAAUUAAAGAUCAGGAAAUAGAGAAAUUGAGUUUAGAACUGAGUGAAAGCAAGCAGCGCUUGGAACAGCAGCAGGAGAAGGCAACCCGGGCCAGAGAGGAGUGCCUGAAACUGACAGAACUGCUGGGCGAAUCCGAGCACCAACUGCACCUCACCAGACUGGAAAAAGAUAGCAUUCAGCAGAGCUUUAGCAAUGAAGCAAAGGCCCAAGCCCUUCAGGCCCAGCAAAGAGAGCAGGAGCUGACACAGAAGAUACAGCAAAUGGAAGCCCAGCAUGACAAAACUGAAAAUGAACAGUAUUCAUUGCUGACCUCCCAGAAUUCAUUUUUGACAAAGUUGAAGGAAGAGUGCUGCAUGUUAGCCAAGAAACUGGAACAAAUCUCUCAGAAAAGCAGAUCUGAAAUAGCUCAGCUCAGUCAAGAAAAGAGGUAUACAUAUGACAAACUGGAAAAGUUACAGAGAAGAAAUGAUGAAUUAGAGGAGCAGUGUGUCCAGCAUGGGAGACUACAUGAGAUAAUGAAGCAAAGGCUGAAGCAGCUAGACAAGCACAGCCAGGCCACGGCCCAGCAGCUGGUGCAGCUCCUCAACAAGCAGAACCAGCUUCUGCUGGAGAGACAGAGCCUAUCGGAAGAGGUGGGACAUCUGAGAUCCCAGUUACCCAGCAUGCCACAAUCUGAUUGCUGACCUGGAUGAAACAGAGUGAAAUAAAUGAUUUACAAAGAGAUAUUUACAUUCAUCUGAUUUGUACGUAAUAUGCCACAAUGCACCGCGACCUUCCCAGUGGACCCCACCUCAGACUGUGGUGGGCUGCGUCGUCGUCGCCACAUUCGUUGCCAAGUGGUCCCUGCAGGAUGGACGGGCUGGAGCUGAAGUC